GGGGAGUAACAGCUGUUGCGCCGUACCACAAGCGAGUGACUUUUUGACGUUUUCACUGUUGUCCAAGGCAUACAACAACGCAUUCUCGUUAUCUCGGUUGAUAGAAAGUUUAUUAGAUGGAGAGGGUUAGAGGACCAUUGGGGAUUGUAUUUUGGGGGAUUUUUAUUGGUGUUUUCGUUUCGACUGGAGAGACUCUGCUCCAUGAUGCCUCUGAUUACCCUCGUAUCAAUAUUUCAAUUUCUGAUUUCACUGCGUCCGAUGUGAAUGGACGGGCAUUUUCUAAUCAAGUACAACUGAGGGCAAACGCAAUUACUGUUAUCGAUGUCGUAAAUAUUCCGCCGGUAGUUUCCUUCAUGAUUGUUCAAGUACAUACACAGGACCGGAAUAUUACCGUUUCGUACACCACUGGGUUCGGUAAUAAAACAAGUGUCACUGGGUCGAAUGUGGGACUGGAGAUUGAUCCCAGGAACCAUCAGAUUUUUGUCAGGAAUGAUAACGAUGCUGGAUUGCAGGCCCUGGUGGCAGCCGUGGUAUAUCCUAGAAACGCUCCAAUUCCGGGAGGCUGUAACAUGGAAUUUAAUAUCGAAACAUCACCAUUCCUGAAAAUAUCUGCUGGUAAUUCGGUGUUAAACGUCGAUGCCCAGCCAGCCUCAUCAAUUGCACCGAAUGGAAAGCAACUGCCUUGUGAAAAAAAUCAGGUCACUUACGAAACAUAUCGUCUCUACCUACCCGGAUGGGAUUUCACCAGCGAGACGUAUUUUUCCUCGAUAUCGAAGAUGUUGACUGUGAAGAACAUAACUGAGUUUGGACAGAGAGUGCCACCAGCUGCUCUGGCAUCUCAAAUGAGAAGAGUCUUCAGUGCGUACCCAGGAACAGGCUCGGUGUACGUUAUGAUAGCGACUUAUAAAAAUUCAUCAUCAGCAUAUAUCCCAGCUUUUUCGUACGCCUGCAGUCCAUUGUCAAACCCCAAGUCCUGUUCACUUCUAAGUACAUCAAUCUCUAAAGUCAUCUGCGCCACAAUUUUCUUCGUCGGUCUUUUCCUCACAUUCAUUGGUCAUGUCUGGUUUUGUGCUGAAAUGUUUUUCUUGGGGACGAUCUCCGGAGGGAUCAUUGGACAUAUCUGUCUGGCUGCUAUCGGAUUUGAAGACAUUUCCACUCAACUUGGAUUAGCUCUUUUAAUAGGCGCAGUGACAGGAAUAAUCUCGAUAGCUCUGUGGUACUCAUAUGGGAUGCCAUGCAUUGCCAUUCUUCAAGCUUCAUUAUCCCUCGGUGCUUUGAUAGCUAGUAUAAUUUACUUUAGCAUUCCCGACGGUAUACCUCUGUUCGAAAGCGAUGCAAAUUUCUGGCUCGUUUAUGCAGCUAUUAUGAUAAUGGUACCUCUAUUACUCUGCAUAUUUCCAUUAAGCUCGAAUAUCGUUUGCUGUGCAUUCGUUGGUGCCUAUACAAUUGUUCUAUCAAUCGAUUACUGGACGGGAUCCAAUCUCAAGUACAUUGUGAUCAACACAGAGCGUCGGAUCCUAGUUAGUGAAUUCAAUGUUGCGACAAUUCAGCCACCGUUUCAGGGAAAAGAUGUGUGGCUGGUGGUCAUUUGGUUCCUACUUGCUAUUUUUGGAAUGAAACUUCAGAUGAAGAAAAUGAGUGGACGACCACCUUUUCCAAGCCCUGCUAAUUACACUACGAUUAGAACAGAAAGAUCUCCACUUAUCAGUGGAGUGAGAAAUGGACGGCGAGUACUUGUUUUGAGGCGAAAUGAUGAGGUUUAUCAAAGUUCUCUCUGCUGCUGGCAUUGAAAAGUCGAUUGAAAUAUUUUGGGGAAAUUUUCACCCAGUGCUAUGUAUAAAUGUUCACUCCAUUUGUUUAACCAAUGAUAAUUAUAAUUUUUGAGGGAGUGCACGGAGAGAAAAAUACAGGAAGAAGUUCGUGACUGGUCAUGUGAUCGUGGGCUGAAGAAUGAUUUUCAUUUUUAUUUCAAAUCACGGGAAAAAAAUAAGAGAUCGUCAGGAAAUAUCUAUCACGUAUUUUUUUUUAAACUCGUCAAGCUUACGGAUUUUUAAGAAAAAGUCCGCCAAGAAAUAAAAAGAAAACGUGAAGAUUACUCAAUUUCACGUAAAUUCUACGUGACUAGAGCCGUACGUUUUUACGGUUUAUUUUUCUCUCCGUAUAGAGGCAUGAUUCAUUGAGCUGUCAAAUGAAAUAUGGAAUAUUGAUAAAAUGGCUGUUGCAUCGUGUUGACUGUGACAUAAAUGAAGAGUGGGAGAGAAAAAGACAUGUAAUUAUUCGUCAAUUUAAAAUGAAAUAACAUUUAUUGAAUUAAGACAGUGACAUCUAACAGUUGGUACUAAUUAUUUCAUUACUUUAUCCUUUUUUUGUGAUUUUUCGUUUCUUCUACUACUUACAAUCUUAGAGGUAAUCACAGCAACAAUAUUAUCUCAUUAUUCACAACACUUACAUAGAUUACUGCCGCAAUUAAUAUAUUAUGUUAUUUUUCAUUGAUAAUUUUUUAAUUUUCCUCUUGCUUAUGCGCGUACACUGUAUUUUCGUAUUGGUUUUUUUUUCCGUUUUUCUCUCGAUUCUCAUUUAAUUACUACGUACAAUAAGAAUCGUGUACCACUCCCGCAUUUUGUUUUGCUCGCGAGGUGACUGGUACGGUGAUAAAUAUUGCUGGAAGUUGAGUUCUGAUGGUUUUCGAAUAAAGUUUUUCUGUUAUUGAGAAA